AUGUGUCCAAUAGUUAAAGAAUGGAUCAACGAGGAUCAAAAAGAAAAUUCUAAAACUACAACAACCGAUGCCGAAACACCAAUGGAUUUAUCAUUUCUUCCUCAUUUAGAUACAAUGAUCAAGUAUGAAAUUAUUGAAUUUAUUCCAACCUAUGCAAAAUGGAAAUCUAUCAGAGAGGUUGAUGCACAUUACGAACGGCACGGAAUGCCAAAAGUCACUAAUAGAGUUAAUGAGUUAAGACCUGAUCAACCAAUUAUUACUAUUCAACACUUGAUACAGAUCUUGUUGAUGAAUAUGAUAUUCUUAAAGGUAAAUACAAUUUUGAAACAAAAGAAGAAUCAAUCAACUAUGUAA